AUGGCAGUAUGGAGCCGGAGACAAUUCUCAACAAACACAAACUUGUCGUUUCCUGGGUCUCCAACCUUUGGCACAAGCAGUUCUUCAGCAGGGCCACAGAGCUACUUCCAACGACAGUCGAGCUUGCCUGCAAACACCAUCAUCCGAUUCGUGCCACAGCAGACGGCUUGGAUCGUGGAGCGCAUGGGUAAAUUUCACCGGAUACUACAACCUGGGCUUGCCAUAUUACUGCCAAUACUUGAUCGUAUCGCAUAUGUCCAGUCGCUGAAAGAAUCAGCCAUCGAGAUUCCCAGCCAAAGUGCCAUUACCGCAGACAACGUGACGUUGGAGCUGGACGGUGUUCUGUACACUAGAGUAUUCGAUGCAUAUAAAGCAAGUUACGGUGUGGAAGAUGCAGAGUAUGCUAUUUCACAACUCGCUCAGACGACAAUGCGGUCCGAAAUUGGCCAACUUUCCUUGGAUCACGUCCUCAAAGAACGAGCAAACCUCAACGCAAAUAUAACACAAGCCAUCAAUGAAGCCGCGCAGGAAUGGGGUGUAGUGUGUCUUCGCUACGAGAUUCGGGAUAUUCAUGCCCCAGAAGGUGUCGUGGCUGCUAUGCAUAGACAAGUCACGGCGGAACGGUCGAAGCGGGCGGAAAUUCUGGAUUCAGAAGGUCAAAGACAGAGUGCGAUCAAUAUCGCAGAGGGUCGGAAACAGUCUGUCAUCCUGGCGUCUGAGGCUUUGAAAGCCGAGCAAAUCAACGUGGCAGCCGGUGAAGCGGAGGCUAUUCUUGUCAAGGCGCAGGCGACAGCCCGCGGCAUCGAAGCCGUCGCAAGUGCUAUUAAGCAAGGCGAGGCUAGCGCCCAAGGCGCCGUCAGCCUGAGUGUCGCGGAGAAAUAUGUCGAGGCAUUCGGGAAGCUGGCCAAGGAAGGUACGGCAGUGGUGGUGCCAGGGAAUGUGGGCGACAUUGGCAGCAUGAUUGCUAGUGCAAUGGCUGUAUACGGCAAGGUGAAUGAGGGCCAGAUCAAGAGCCUUACACCCACGCGGCCGUCACAAUCUCCGCAAGAGCCCUCGAAAGAUGUAGACCAAGAAGUCAUCGAGGUUGCGCAACACGGAGAUUCGAAAGACAUUACACAAACUGUCCUGGAAGGGUUUGAGAAGACGAGAGAGGCGCGGAAAUGA